AUGACGGAGGAAAAUAUGAUGGGGGCAAAGAAGGAAUCUGAGAGUCGAAAUGACCAAAUCCAGGGAGUCCGGGGACAGGCCGCCGUAGUUGACCCACAACUAAACAGCUUGUUGUUCCAGCGGCUGCCGCAGGAAAUGCGGCACUAUAUCUACCGGACACUGCUCUCCUGCACAAGGCUUAUGCUUGAAAAUGAGCAGGGGCAGAAGUUGCGCCCUACCUUGACUUCCCUCGCUCUGCUGCGUGUUUUUCGUCGAGCCAAACUCGAGAUUGGCAAGUCCCUCUCCGAACUUCCCGCUGACACCCUCUCACAGAUCCGUCACAUCAGAGUUCUUAACAGGGACGUCCAGAUUGCUCUGCGCACAAGCGUAUCUCGUUAUCCCCUUGUCUCCGUCCUCAAACUUCUUCCAGGUCUGCGGCUGGACCAGCUCACAGUUCUCGACGAAUACCCAGACGAGGCAAGCUACAAAAUGUUGGAUUCACCACAUGGAACCUUCUUGCGGAUACCAGUGUUGGAAGUUGUGGCACUUGAAACACGGAAUCUCGGCUGCCGAUGCGCUGGUGCAAAAGGGGUUCCAGGGGCUGAACAAGAAGCAAUAAAAGGAGAAAGCAAUGGGUGGAAAACUUUGCGCUAUAUGUGCCAGGGAUCUGAAAUGCUGGGCUUCUCGUCGUGGUUUUGUAGAAACAACUGGGUAUUCCCCUCUGAGUACUGGCGGAAGCCCCAGCCAACGCACUGGCAAAUGCUCAUAGAAACCCGCGAUGGGGUGGCCUCAAACCCUUCGGUGACAAUCUACCGUAGCAAGGAGGAACUGGAACCUGACCGCUUAGGCACGGUCCUUGGCCCAAGGAAGCGAGUCAAGUUUGUCCAAAAAUCGUGGGAAGGCUCAAACUGCGAACCGGGUGUCUUCCCUCAGGACCCGGAACUGAUGACUGGACUGGAGCAGUGGAAAGAAAUGCUGGUCAUCGUGAAGAGGAGAUCUGGUGUGGACUACGAGCAGAAGGACUCGCCAUUUGCAGAGUGUAACCUGGAUUUCCGGCAGGACUACCCAGGAAUGACAUGGCCUCAGAUAUAUGCCCAGUGUCUCUUUGCGGACCUUCGGGAUGAUGAUGCUGUCGGGGACUUUGUAGACGACUAUAACGACGUCGAUGAGUUAUCACACGUUCCGGCGUUUCCUGGAACUCCAGAAAAUGAACAACUAAACGACGAGGCGGCCUAG